AGUUGAAAAGUUAAACAGUUGCAGUUUCUGCUUCAGGUCACUGUCUCAGUCCUCAGUGACACAGAUUUGGUUUUACAGCAGGUCACUGAGGAUUUACAUCAGCUGGACUCUGGUCUAUGUCUGGUCCUGGUCUCUGUCUCUGCCUGGACUUUGGUUCUGGUCCUGGUCUGAGUUUCCUCUAACGGAAAAACCAGAGCACGAGGCUCGAGCCUGAGAAGCAUGUUGCCAUGGUGACCCGGGCUCAGAUGAGCGGCGUGCACGAGCUACGGUUGGGAUGGCUCGUGAGGACGCGGUGAAAUGUCUGAGGUGUCUGCUGUACGCACUCAACGUUCUCUUCUGGCUGAUGUCAGUGUGUGUGUUGGGAGUGGCAGCGUGGAUCAGAGACUCUCUGAACGCCGUCCUGACGCUGACGGCUCACACCAGGUUGGAGGAAGCGGCCAUCCUCACAUACUCUCCAGCUGUUCAUCCCGUCAUCAUCGCCGUGUGCUGCUUCCUCGUCAUUGUGGCGAUGGUGGGAUACUGUGGAACACUCAGGUGUAACCUGCUGCUGCUCUCCUGGGUAUGUCUCACCUGUCGUUACACACACACACACACACACACACACGUCACUGUCGCCAGGACAUCAGGGCUGAGUGUGAUCCAUGUCACCUGGGGGGGCGGGGCCUGGUACCAGGUGUGUGUAUGUAUUGGAGGAGUUCGUCUCCUUGGUCCGUCCCUGAAAGACGAGCUAUCAGGACACCCAGAGAGCAUGAUGGGAAAACAUCAGGGUAUUAAAAACAUGAUGUUGUAUCACAUUACAGUGCAUCACAUCAAAUUACUUUCCACAUGUAUCACAUCAUCUGGAGCCUGAGUGUGUGUUUCAGUACCUGUGCAGUCUGUUGGUGAUCUUCUGCAUUGAACUGGCCAGCGCAGUGUGGACGUAUGACCAGGUGAGAAAACUCGACAGCGCCCCCGGUGUCUGAACACAGUGAAUAACACUGCAGACUGUCGCAUAAUUAGAAUAUAUAAUUAUAUUCAAACUUGAUCUUAUUGUGUCUGGAUACAGUUUAAUACUCACAACACUGUACUGUG